AUGACAGUUCCACAACCAGCACCACGUUGCAUCGACAUCGGCAGAGCCUGGACCGAAGGCGAACAUUGGAAGAGAGAUAACUGUACACUCUGCCAGUGCUUCAGUGGACGAGUCAACUGCACUGUGUUACCUGCUUGCUUAGCAGCAACAAGACCAGUCAGACCUUCUACACCGGUGAGAGGAGUUUCCGGCCCGCCUGGCGAAGACGGCCCAUCUGGUCCACCUGGCAUACCCGGAGUCAAUGGAAUGCCUGGUGCACCAGGCUUACCUGGACCUACAGGACCAAUGCCCGAUGUUAACGCAUAUUUGUCACAACUGGCAGCAGCUGCUGGUGGUGACAAAGGGCCAGCUUUCGAUCCUUACGCAUAUAUGCAGGCAUCGGUUGGUGCUCCAGGCAUAAGGGGCAUACCAGGUCCUCAAGGUCCACCUGGGCCACAAGGAUUUCAAGGUCCGCGAGGAGAACCUGGAGAGCCAGGGCUACCUGGGCUGCAAGGACCACCCGGAGAAAGAGGCCCACAAGGACCACCUGGCAAAGAUGGAUCUCCGGGAGAAGAUGGAGAACCAGGUCCAGCAGGAACUGCAGGCCAACCUGGACCCCGUGGAACUCCUGGAGUACCUGGUGUUCAAGGUUUGAAAGGUCAUCGUGGCUUCGACGGCAAAGACGGAGCAAAAGGUGAACAGGGUCCAGCUGGAGAGAAAGGCCCCACUGGUUUACCUGGACCAAUGGGACCAACUGGCCCUAUUGGUCCUGUGGGCCCCAGAGGUGAACGAGGACGUGAAGGCCCACCUGGUCCACCAGGCAUGCGUGGUGCUGAUGGAGCAACUGGUCCUCCUGGUUUGAUAGGCAACGUCGGAAAACCUGGUGCGCCUGGCUUCCCAGGAACACCUGGUAUGAAAGGUGAGCAAGGUGUGGCUGGACCUAAAGGAAGUCAAGGAUUGCAAGGACCACGAGGUGAAGCUGGUCGGCCCGGGCAACCUGGGGAUAUUGGUCCUCCAGGUUUAGCUGGAAGAGAUGGAAUACCUGGGGAGAAGGGUGUGCAAGGACAACCGGGAGCUACUGGGCCACAGGGCUUUCCUGGACCUAGAGGAACCCCCGGUAUCGCCGGUGACCCGGGAGUACAUGGCGCUAAAGGAAUGCCGGGUCAACCAGGUGAAAGAGGACUUAAAGGAGAUUCAGGACCACGUGGAGAACCAGGUGUUUCUGGUCCUAGAGGCUUGCCAGGAAUUGUAGGUCCUGAAGGCAAAAGAGGAAAACGUGGACUUAGAGGCCCCGCUGGUAAUGUUGGACCUCCAGGCGAAAGAGGCUUAAAUGGCUUAAGAGGACUACCAGGACCUGACGGUCCUAUGGGUCUAAAAGGACAACCCGGCGAUCGUGGUGGAGUGGGUCUGCCAGGACCAAAAGGAAGCUCAGGUGAUCCAGGCAGACCAGGGUCUCAAGGCUUACAAGGACCAAGAGGAACUGUUGGCAGACCUGGUGUACCUGGCAAAAUAGGCCAUCAAGGUGAUAGGGGAAUUCCUGGAUCAGAUGGUAGACCAGGCGAGCAAGGACCCCAAGGCCUACAAGGCCCUCCUGGAUUAAUGGGUAGCCCUGGAGAACGAGGAUUGCAAGGCGAAUCCGGUAAAGAUGGAGAAGUAGGUCAACCUGGUCCCCAAGGACCUAAAGGAGAUGCAGGGCGUGAUGGUGGACCUGGCACUCAAGGUCCACAAGGUCCGUCUGGUCCAGCUGGAGAACGAGGCCCAAUAGGUCCUGUUGGACCUACAGGAUUUCCGGUAGCAUUGUUUAAUUUACUAGGUCAUUUAUUGAUUCUCAUAAUCUCACGCGUUGACACGGGUAUGCCUGGCACAGCAGGGCUUCCUGGCUCCCCUGGUAAAGAUGGUGAAGUUGGAGUAGCUGGUCCAAUAGGUCCCCCUGGAUCUCCUGGCUCUCAUGGUGAAAGAGGAUUCCCAGGAGAGCGGGGCCUCCCAGGACAACCAGGAACUCCUGGAGAGAAAGGCGAAACUGGUGCACAAGGUGCAGAUGGACCACCGGGACCUGAGGGUCCUCGCGGCAGCAAAGGCCACCCUGGUCCUCUGGGAGCAAUGGGUAUGCCAGGACCAAGAGGACUAGCAGGACCUACCGGCGAAAAAGGAGAACGAGGGGCCAUGGGACCAAUGGGCAAUGACGGACCUCCAGGACGGCAAGGAGAACAAGGACCACAAGGUCCUAUUGGCACUGCUGGUCCACCAGGAGAGCCAGCCGAAAGAGGAGAACCAGGUGUGCCCGGUGUACCAGGUGAAGCCGGAGCAACAGGUUCACCUGGAGAGCGGGGUCAACCAGGAAUGCAGGGCGCACCAGGCCUUCCGGGUCCACCAGGGUUAACCGGCAUGCCUGGAAUCAAGGGAGAUCGAGGUUACGUGGGUGCUAAAGGCCAACAAGGAUCACCUGGUAGUCCAGGCAUUGUCGGAGAACCAGGGCUACGAGGUUUACCAGGACAACCCGGAGCUACAGGUCCUCGUGGUGAACAGGGACACAAGGGCGAUGUUGGUCGAGCAGGUCUACCAGGCAGACCCGGUGAUAUCGGACCACCUGGUCCGCAAGGUAGCACAGGGUCGGCAGGAGCACCGGGAUUACCUGGAGCUAAAGGAGCAAAUGGAGAUACUGGCAGACCUGGUCCACCAGGCGCACAAGGCCUUACUGGCCCCGCUGGCCCUGAAGGACCUAAGGGUGAACGAGGCAGUGAAGGUGAACCUGGCCUUCAAGGACUGAGUGGGCCUCCUGGACCUGCCGGAGAAAGAGGACCAUCGGGUCUUCCAGGCAUGGUUGGUCCUACUGGACCACAAGGUCUUCGUGGGACACCGGGUGAAAGUGGAUCUCCAGGAAAAAUGGGUGCAGAUGGAGCUCCCGGUCCUAUGGGUACGCCUGGACUACAAGGACCACCCGGACCGAUGGGAGAGCCUGGCCCUGAAGGACGUCCAGGAAAGCAAGGUCAACCAGGUAUACCUGGUCGACCUGGAGAUAAAGGACCUACGGGUCAGCCAGGUCAAAUAGGAUCACAAGGACCACCUGGGCUUCAGGGACCACCAGGUGCCACUGGACCUGCCGGACCAUCUGGUGAAAGAGGUCUUCGAGGUGAAACUGGUCCAUCCGGCGUAGAUGGACCACAGGGUCCCGCUGGUAAACAAGGACCACCAGGUAUAGAUGGCGCGAAAGGAGAACAAGGUGAACGUGGAGCAGAUGGAGCAAAAGGUCACGCGGGAUUGCCAGGUUUGCCAGGCAUGUUGGGUGCACCUGGGAGACAAGGCGAAAUAGGUCUACCAGGACCAUCAGGCCCUCCUGGCAAAGACGGGGAACCAGGCGUGAGAGGGUUGCCAGGUCGUGAUGGUAGCCCAGGAUUACAAGGCCCGCCAGGGCAAGUUGGUCCCCGCGGUCCCUCGGGUGACGCGGGACGUCACGGUCCACCUGGACCAGCUGGACCACCCGGGCCACCUGGACCUCCUGGCGAAGGAUUGGCUUAUGACGCUGCGGCUAUUGCUGCUAUGUUGCAACAAGGAUCAGUUAAAGGGCCUGACCCACUUGGUGACGACCCCAACUCGAUGCCAGCGAGAUUCUUCCGCGACGACAUGUCGACUUCUGAACGUAAGGAGGUUGUAAUGAAAGCCUACGAACGACUCAAGGUCUCACUAGACAAGUUCCUCCGACCGGACGGAUCUAAAGAAGCACCAGCUAAAACCUGUGCUGAUAUCAAACAUCACCAUCCUAAUAUGGAAAGUGGUCAAUACUGGAUAGAUCCAAAUGGCGGUGACAUGAAUGAUGCAAUUCUCGUUCACUGCGACAUGGAAUCUGGUAGCAGCUGCAUUUAUCCAAAACCAAUGUCAUCUAAAGACAUUAUCUACAAAGGAAAAGAGAGAGAGGUCUGGCUAAGUGAAAUGGAAGACGGAUUUACGAUAACAUACAAAGCGGACCACUCGCAAUUGACUUAUCUGCAACUGAUGUCCACGCGGGCGGUUCAGAACGUGACGUUGCAUUGUCGCAACACAGUAGGAUACUUCGACCCGGCCACGAACAACUACAGACGUGGUCUCAAGUUGAUGACUUAUAACGACGCCGAGAUAUUACCGAGGGCUAAUAACAGACUGCGAUACAAUGCGUUACUGGACGAAUGUCAGUACAAGAAACAGAAUUGGGGACGCACUAUUUUGGAAUUUGAGACGGACAAAUCAGGACGGUUACCGCUCAUGGACGUGGCGAUUAGGGACCUGGGCCGACCAAACCAACAGUUCCGAGUCGAAAUAGGACUUGCCUGCUUCACCUAGACAUCAAGCUAUGAACACGGAUUAGUACCUAAAUGUGGUAUUGCCAACUUUUGUAAUUAUUAUUCAUAGUUUUGAUU